AUGUUCAAAUGCCCUGAAGAAUGGAAAAUGCAUGAGAUCAUUGAUACGGUGGGAUUAGACUGGUCGUCGGGGUGCGACUAUACGACGGAUCAGACUGAUCGUCGGGGGACUACGUCUUUAGUAGACUUAAGAUUAAUAAAAGUCAAGUCGUCUUGUCAAUUGUCUAAUGUUAUAAAGUUGUCAGUCAAAGUUGUAAUAAAACAAGAUGACGUCACUAAAUAA